UUGCUCCGGUUUGUAACUCUACUGAGAAAAGCUCAGAGUUUAGGCCUGACGGACACAGUCAGAUCCAUGAGAAGACACACAGCACGAAAAAGUUCUGUGAUCCUUCCUUCAAUAACCAGACAGCAGCCGCUAUCACUCAGAACUGUCAGUUCAACACCUCGGGGGGCCGCUGUGAAUACUGUAAAGAGGGUUACUAUGGAAACGCAGCCAACAGGACCUGUCGUGCCUGUCCAUGUCCCUUUACAUGGAACAAUUUUGCGUUGGCCUGUCUGGACAUCGCCUCAGGAGGGGUUGAAUGCUUGUGUAAACGCGGUUACCGUGGAGCCACAUGUGAGAGAUGUGCAUUGGGUUACUACGGCAAUCCAAUGGUGCACGGAGGCAGCUGCAAGCCCUGCAAUUGCAAGGAUGGCUCGAACAUUUGUGAUUCUCUGACUGGAGAGUGCAUCACAUCUGGUAACAGCAGCUGUGGUGCUCACUGCCAUGAAUGUGACGGCUCUACUGUCUCCUUACUGGUUGACUUGGAAAAGAUGGACGAUGCCUUGGCUCGGCUGCAGCAGCAGCUGGAGAAUGUCUCUAAUGGCCCUGGUUUACUCUCCAGGCUGGAGGCUAACAUCUCUGAAACCAAGAGUCUGGUUGGGAGCUACAGCGCUGCUGUGAGGCACCUGGAUCCAACGGUUGAACAGCUGGAAGUAGAUGUGGAUGUUGGCAGAGAUGACUUGAGUCAACUGACUGACAAGACACUUAAAUCUGUAUCAGAUCUGGAGAAGGUCUUGCAGAAUGUGAAUGGAAGAAAGUUAAAGGCAGAGGAUCUUCUCUCUGAAGCGUUCCUUAUAGCAACACAAGAUUUGAUAAAGCAGAAACCUGGAGAGUCAGUUGCUGUUUCUGAAAACAACAAAGCCAGGAUGAUGGAGGAGGCUCAGUGCAUUGUGCAGGAAAUGAGAGGCUGCACUGCUCAGAGAGACAGAGCUGGCAGGGAGCAGGAGGACACACACAAAUUGUUGGACAUAAUCAGGAACAACAUGGCAGAUCCUUUGGAAACCAAGCCGACUGGAGACUCUCUGAUGGCCUCAGACUCUUCUCUGAGCGAGGCAGCUGAGCUGCUGACAGACGCAGGGGACAGAGUCGACAGGACACAGGCCCUUAACCUGAACGCUUGUACCGCACUACAACAUCUGGAGCAUCUUCAAACACAGCUGGAGAGAGAACAAAGUACGCUUCUUCCUGUGACUGAAAUUACCAAAGAUCUGCUAAUGAAUAUCACUGACAUUUUUUUAAUGCUUGAGGAAAUAAAAAAAGAAUUUGAAAAUCAUGCAGCUCAGCUAGAUGGUGCCAAGCGGGAACUCUUUAAGAAGUUAAAUAACAUGCAGAUUACGGCAUUGGUGGAUAUAGUAACCAAAGCUGAGAAGCAUGCAGAGGAGCUCAACAGAGUGACAGCAGAACUUCAAGUGGUUCAUAAUGCUACCAACAGUACUGAGCUGCUCAGUGUGCUGGGUAUAGGUGUGUAUGACAGCAUCCGAAAUGCCGUAGAAAAGGCAGAGUCAGCAGCAAAUCAGUCCAGAGAGGCUGCGGAUGAAGCCUUAAAGGAUGUGAAGGAGGGAGGCCUGGUCAACGGGGCCGCAGGACUCAACGAUAAUUCAACUCGUUUACGGACAGAAGCCAACGAGACUCAGAGUGACUUCAAAAUGCUGUCACGUAAAGUGAACACCCUCAGAGGCCGCAUGAAUAUGCAGAAGGAAAAAGGAGAAUUGCUGAGAAUGGGCAUCCCAAACGUUAGUGGCAACCUCAAAAUGAUCAGAAGAGAUGACACAGACGUUCUGAUAGAGUCCGCGAAAACAACUGCAGCUGCCUCUAACUCCACAAUCAGUAAUAUAACAGAGAGACUGAGAAAUAUCAGUCAGAAAGUGGAGAGAAUACCUCUGACCAAAGUCAGUGUGAAUAUAGAUGAUAUGUUGGUUGAUGCAGACCAGGCAUUGAAGAACUUGAACACAGCCCUUCCUGUGCUGAAAGACAAAAUCACACAAGUUGAGGCUCUCAGUGGGAAGACGCCUCCUACUGCCAACAUGACAGAAAGCAUCAGGAGAAUCAAGGAUGUGAUAGAGGAGACAAGAAACUUUGUUAAUAGGCUCCCAGUUGCCACCACUUUCAACGGAAAAGGUCACGUUGAGCUUCGUCCUCCGAGAAACCCUGAAGACAUAAAAUCGUUUACAGCCGUCGAUAUGCUUCUCAAUCGCCAUCAAAACAAUCCCUCCAAGGUUGACUUCAGACGAAUGCGACGCCAGAACAGCGUCUUCGUUUUCUACCUGGGCAACAAGAAUGCCUCUGGAGACUACAUUGGGAUGGCUAUCAGAAGCAAUGUGUUGAUUUGUGUCUACAAGCUGGGUGGAGUUGUCCAUGAGGUGGAAACCAGCCAAAUAAAAACAACCACCAAUGUGAACUCCUCAGACUUUGACAGGGUUGUCUUCCACAGAGUUUACCAAGAUGCUGAAGUUAACAUCACACAGAACUUCACAUCACAGAAGCCAGUCAGCCUCACUCCUAAACGUAACCUUCCAAACACGACGACCGGCAUCUACCAACUGGAUCCAGACAGUCUUGUUUUCUACGUGGGAGGCUAUCCUGAGGACUUUACACCUCCAGUGGAGCUGCAUUACCCCAAGUACAAAGGAGCGAUGAAACUUUCCUACAUAAAUGACAAUCCUGUUUGUCUGUUCAACUACAAGCAUGCAGUCAAUAUGGAUGCAAAGCAGCCUAUUGUGAAGAUUCCCCAGUCAGAGGUGUCUGAUUAUUAUGAGGGAACAGGUUACCGCAUGGCAUUCAUAAAGGACCCGGACAAGAGAAAGAGAAGAUGGUUCAAAUUUCACACAAACAGCCGAGAGACAAACGCCUUGCUAUUCUACAUCGGAAAUGAAGAGUCUUUUUUCUGUGUGUUUGUGGAGAGAGGCUUCCUGGUGCUUCAAGGACAGCAAGCAGGCCGGGAGCUCAGAGUUCAGAGUGCUGAAAAAGUGUCUCUGUUUGACGAACACUUUGCAAUCACUAUUGCAGACAGGUUUAUUGUGCACUACGGACCACAGAAGGUCUCCACAGAUCACAAUCGAACAAACUUCAUGAGUUAUUACAUCGGGGGUGUACCGUCACAGCUCAGACAGAGACACAACAUCACAGCUCCACCGCUGAGAGGAUGCGUGGAUCACCUGACAGCAGACGCUGAGAUCGUAAAGUACAACAGAACGAUUGGCGUCAGCGAUGGAUGUCCAGUCUCACUACUGGGUGUUCGUUCAGCUACGUUGUAUUCAGCUCUGUCUGUUGAUUCCCCGUCUGUCUGGGGUGUACAGCCAGCCAGAGUCUCUCUGGGCUUCAGGAGCACAGACGGACACGGUGCUCUUCUCAGGAGCAGCUCUCAGGGCUCCAUCUCUGUCCAUGACCUGCAGCUGUCCCUGGCUGAUGGCUACGUAGUAUUUAAUAGUGAUAAUUAUACCUUGAGGUCGGAUAAAAGGUACAAUGAUGGAAGCUGGCACUACUUGUCUGCAGUAUGCAGGCCAACAGGGCUGGAGCUCAGCAUCGAUAAUGUAAAAGUGAUUCAGGGACAAUCACCCCAUAGCAGGCCAGUGGAUCAACAUUUGCAAGGAGGGAAAUUUAAAGGCUGCAUCGCUAACCUCUACACAAGGAGGCCUGAGCAGAGCUUUAUACCUGCCGAUCUAAGCUCAUUUUCACAAACGGUAGACGUAGUCCUUGGCCUGUGCAGUCUCCAUCCGCCACCACAUACCGAGCUGCUACCACCACCCGUGGUGAAAAAGCCCAAGAAACACAAACCCAUUCAGGCUCCGGCAGGCAGCCAGUGUAAACCCCGGCGGGCACACCGGCGUGAAUGGCAGCUCUCUGGGGAGCACAGCUGGCUCAGUUACACCCUGCCACAAGAGGACCUCAAUCACAGGCCUCACUUCUCCCUCGACGUAAAGACCAAGACGUCCAAAGGGCUGAUCCUCCAUGUAGCCGGGAGAGGAGUCAUCCCCCUGCUGGCUCUGUACAUGGCCAAUGGCAAGAUCAAGAUGUCACUCGGACAAAACCGAAUCAUCCAGCACAAGCAGAAGAGCAACGACGGGAACUGGCACAGAGUUGAGUUCAGUGUGGAGAGGAGCACUUUUCAUCUGCUGGUUGACGGGUUCCGUGUGACUGAUGGACAUCUGCCAAACAACGAGGGAUCAUCUUUAGACCUGCACAACCCCGUGUAUCUGGGAGCUGAUCCCAAAAGCAAAACCACAAAAGGACACAACAUUCCCACGAACAGUGUUAUUGGUUGUAUACGGGACUUCAAAAUGAAUGAGGUCGUUAUGGUGGACCUUGAGGCAAGCUACAAAACUUUACCCUGCUUCGAUGGGCUCGCAGAGAUCGGGACAUACUUUGGCGGCGGUCACAUCGUCUUGGAGAAUUAUUUCACCAUUGGCUCGGAGUUUGUGUUGGCCUUCGAGCUGCGUCCUCAAUACCUGACAGGUCUUCUCUUCCAUGUGCAAAGUCGCAAGUCCAGCCUUAAUGUCUUUCUAAAGGAAAACAAGGUGGGUGUCGGCGUGAGUGACGGUAACAGGGCUGCCAGUGCCUCAGUGACUCCUCGUGUAAGCCUCUGUGAUGGAAAGUUUCACCAGGUUACAGUGUCCAAACAACGUGACGUUAUCAAACUAGUGGUGGACUCCAUUUCUCAGCAGAAAGCCGUCCUCUUCACCUCCACCUCAACAACACUGGAUACACUUUACAUAGGAGGGACAAGAAAGCAGAACCGAGCCCCCGUGCGCUCACCAUUUGUAGGCUGCUUACGAAAUGUGAAGCUUAAUGGAAGACCGGUUGCAUUUGAGAAAGGAUCCAGGGUGGUUGACCCUGUCAGCAUUAAUAGUUGCCCUGCAGACUAAGGCUGUGUCAUUAAUGGGUGACGCACCAACUUCUUUAACCGCACAGACCCUUUGGCAUCAUUAAAAAGUCAUAUUAUGCAGACAGGCUUAGGUAAAAACCCACAGAAAUUAAUUAGAAAUUCUAUUAGGCAAGCACAGUCCCCCGUAAGAUAAUGUUGCUACACCUGUCAACUUUUCCAUUUUUGCACAGCACAUGUGCAGUUUAUAAUGAUUACAGGUCAGAUUUACCACUCAGAGUAACUAAGCCUUAGUCAAACUAAAUUUAGAAACAAAGGUCCUGAAUUCAGUCACAGUCAUUUCUUGCCGGCGACCGUUUAAUGUGUCAGCGGAAAUAACAUCUAUUGCUAGUAAAUUUAACCAACUGUAGCCAGCUAAUUAAGCUAAUGUUAACUUAAUGAGUUGGUUGA